AUGAUUGGGAACUCCAUCAUCAUCACCUUGGUAUGCAUUGACUGCCGCCUGCAGUCACCCAUGUGUUUCUUCCUUUGCAAUCUGUUCCUCAUUGAAAUCCCCAUGAUUAUGACUGUGGUCCCAAAAAUGCUGGAGAACUUCCUAUCAGGGAGGAAUACCAUCUCCUUUUAUGGCUGCCUGGGUCAGUCCUACUUCUAUUUCCUGCUGGGCAUUUCAGAGUAUGUCUUGUUGGUCACAAUGUCCUACAAUCAAGAUGUGGGCAUAUGUUACCCACUGAACUACAGCACCAUCAUGAAUAGAAAGGUCUGCGUCUGGCUGGUGGUGGGAUCAUGGAUGGGGGGAUUCUUCUCCAUCUUGGUCCCUACCGUGAUCAAACUUGGAUUGCCCUACUGUGGCCCCAACAUCAUCAACCGUUUCUUCUGCUAUCGCACGCCCUUGUUAUACCUCUCCUGUGCCAACAUCUGGCUGGUGGAAUUCAUCAACUUCAUCAUCUCGCUGCCUGUGUUGCUAGGCUCCGUGAUGCUGAUGGUCAUCUCCUACGUGUAUAUUAUCUGCACCAUCAUCUGUAUCCCAUCCGCCAAAGGCAGGGAGAAAGCUUUCUCCACCUGUGCCUCUCAUUUCACUGUGGUCACCAUUGGCUAUGGCACUUCCAUCUUCAUCUACAUCAUGCCCUUGCAAGUCAGCUCCAUGAAUCUCAACAAGGUCACCUCUUUGAUGACCACAGCAGUGACCCCAAUGCUCAACCCACUCAUAUUCAGCCUCAGGAACCAGAAGGUCAAGGAGGUGUUGAGGGUCUCAAUUGACAAGUGCCUGGGGCUCAUCAAACACACACUCUGA